UCAUACCCCACAUCUCUCUGUCUCUUCCUCCUCGCUUCAGUUUCUCAGACCUUUGCACCACCACCGGGGGUUCCUCGGAACGCUCGCCGAGAGAAGAGCGCCAUGGCCCGCGUGGUGGUUGAAGGGAUGCCGCCGGAGACGGCCGUCGGAGGAGGAGUGAUGCUCGACCGACGGAGGAGCAAAGCCAGGCGGAGAAAGCGAAAGGAGUUGUUCGCCUUCCAGAUGUGCUUCGCGGGGGUACUGCUGGGUCUGGUCGUGGGGCUCCAGACUCUGGCACAGAAAGCAGGAUAUCAUGUUUCAAACUCCAUGGUUGAAGAGGGUGCAAGGUGGGAGAGUCGGCAUCUUCUACAAGAAGUUUACGACAACGAGUCUAAGCUCUACGCUGAGCCUGAAAAAAACUGUACAGAACCAGCCAUUCACGAGUUCCCCAGAGAUUAUUUCACCAACCAGGAGCGCAUCGAUGGAGCUGUGGGCCUGCACGUCCUCUGUGCGGUCUACAUGUUCUAUGCCCUGGCGUUGGUGUGUGACGACUACUUCGUCCCUUCGCUGGAGAAGAUAUGUGAGCGUCUUCAUCUGAGUGAGGAUGUCGCAGGAGCCACCUUUAUGGCAGCGGGCAGCUCAGCCCCAGAGCUGUUCACCUCCGUCAUCGGAGUUUUCAUAACUAAAGGUGACGUCGGGGUCGGCACCAUUGUGGGCUCAGCAGUGUUCAACAUCCUCUGCAUUAUUGGAAUGUGUGGGAUAUUUGCUAUCCAGGCAAUACGUCUGUCCCGCUGGCCCCUGAUGAGAGACUCCGUCUACUACACCUUAUCUAUCUCUGCUCUCAUAGUGUUCAUCUAUGAUGAGAAAGUGGUUUGGUGGGAGGCUCUCACGUUGAUCCUGAUGUAUUUUGUCUACAUUUUAAUCAUGAAGUUGAACUCCUAUGUUGUUCGUUUUCUGGAGCGGCGGAAGAAGAACUCAUCAGGUUUGAGAAAUGGAGCAGCAAGUAACGCUGAACUUGACGAUGGUUGUGACGCCACUGCUGUUCUCCUGAAGAAAGCAAACCACCACAGGAAGCCUUCAGUGCUGAUGGUGGAUGAACUACUGUCAGCAUACCCUCACCAGCUCUCCUUCUCUGAGGCCGGUAUGAGAAUCAUGAUCACCAGUCAUUUCUCCCCCAGAACGCGCCUCACCAUGGCCUCACGGAUGCUCAUCAACGAGAGGCAGCGUCUGAUCAACACACGGACUCUGACCAACGGUGACUCUGAUGUCCCGGUGAAAGGAGGAAGUAGGCGGGGCAUAGAAAACGGCCUAUCAGGAGCUGAAAGGGCUGUUGGCGGUCGACAUGAUGACCGAGAGGGGGGCAACGAGACGGAGAACGAGGACAACGAGAACAAUGAGAAUGAUGAAGAGGAGGAGGAGGAGGAUGGAGAGGGACCAUUUCUUCCCUUUGAGUGUCCAGCGGGCGUAUGUAACAAGCUAAAGUGGCUGUUAGCCUGGCCCCUGUGCCUGCUGCUGUACUUCACCAUCCCCAACUGCUCCAAGCCUCGCUGGGAGAACUGGUUCAUGCUGUCCUUCGUAGCCUCUACCCUGUGGAUCGCCGCCUUCUCCUACAUCAUGGUUUGGAUGGUAACGGUGAUAGGCUUCACGCUCGGUAUCCCAGAUGUCAUCAUGGGCAUUACCUUCCUGGCUGCCGGCACCAGUGUCCCUGACUGCAUGGCCAGCCUGAUAGUGGCAAGACAAGGAAUGGGUGACAUGGCGGUGUCUAACUCCAUUGGCAGUAAUGUCUUUGACAUCUUGGUUGGCCUUGGUCUGCCCUGGGCUCUGAAGACUCUGGCUAUCAACUACGGCUCUGAUGUCAAACUCAACAGCAAAGGACUGAUCUUCUCUGUCGGACUCCUGCUGGCCUCUGUGUUUAUGACUGUCCUGGGAGUUCACUUAAACAAAUGGACAUUGGAUAAGCGCCUGGGUUUUUCGUGUCUCUUCCUCUAUGCCGUCUUCCUGUGUUUCUCUUGCCUCAUUGAGUACAACAUCUUCACCUUCGUCAACCUGCCUACCUGCCGCGAUGACGAAUAAGACACAAACAUGCUCAUACAUUCACACACUAAUGCACACAAACGUGGUGUUUGCAAGGAAGUUUGGAGAAGCGAGGCUUUAAAUGGAUGGUGGUAGAUGAUGAUGAAAUGAGAACAUAAACAUAUUUUUUUUCAAAAGCAGGAAUUUUUUUUCAAAGCCUGCUUUUGUCUCUUUUGUGAGAAGAGAUCUCCUCCCGCUCCUUUUCUUUUUGUUGAUCUCCAUCUUUCUGCACAGUGCAAUAUGAAGCUGCUCUGGUGUUUGCUCACGACCAGAGAGUGUGGGAUUGAUUCCAGGAGCAGAGAUGGACACGACUGACUCUUUCUAAGCCCUCCCAAGGGACUGCACUGAGGACAACAACCACAGCUACAACAAAAACUCGACUACUGCUUGCUUCUGAUGCGAGGACCAUUUUUUCCCGGUGUUGUUGUGUGGAAGAUGUAAUGUUUACUAGCUGCUAACCUUUCCUGAGAGGAAGGGGCUUCUUUUAGGUUUACUAGUUGACAGUAAUAAUGAAAAAAGCAAUGAUGUGAAGGGUGGGAGGGAGUAGUUUAGCGCUGUGUUGCAGGAAAUGAGGAUUAUUAGAUGGUUUUAGUAGAGUGAUACCAGUGAGUGGAAGUUUUAAGGCAAAACCAGGAUCUGUUACAGCAGGUGUCUGCGAUAAAAUAAGCUUAAUUCAGUAGUUGAUGCAGCACAAAUCAACAUGUCAUUUUUACCCUGUCAUCCCAUUCAGAUUUUUCUCUGCCACUCAUGUAAACAUGGACUAAGAUUAAGGCACAGGAGAAAUGACAAGGCACCAGGAGUGUCUGGCAGGAACAUUGAUUGUUUUUCUUUCGCUUUGCUCACUCAGCAGAAGUUAUUAGCUUGUUUUACAAAGUGGAGAUAGUGGUGCAUUUAUAGUUUUCCAAUCUCAGAACCCAUUGGAAAACACUGUCUAUCUUUGCCUGAUAUAUGGUAUAUACCUUCAGGCAUGGACUUGAAUUUCUUUGUAAUUCUGGUUUAGCCAGAAUUACACGUUAAACAACUUCCAGGCAGGACUUUCUUUUCUGUCUGGCAUUUAUGUCUACAUCAUAUAUGCUGUUAUGUCUUUUUCCAUUAAAUCCUAGGUUAGUUGGCUGCAGCUUAUAUAAAGGGGUUGAUUCAUAUACCGGUAAAACAUGCUGGGAAAUGCAAGCUUCCAACCUCCAGUGGUAUUCCAUGUGCUGGAAUAUGUAACAACACAGACCCAAUUGACAGAAUUUGGUGCCAGUUUUUAACUGCUUUUCUCCCUUACCAUGUCAUAACUGUAAAGAAAAUAGAGUGUUUAAUCGGCACUUUAAACACCUAUUUUUUCAUCUAAAAAGUCUUUAACUUAUACUCCUGGAGGCUUGUAUACCGGUAUAAAGUGCUAAGACAUGCGUCAUCACUGCAAAUGCAUGCAACAGCCACCAUAACAAGACACCACACAUUGAAAAUUGUGUAUUGCAAGCAGCAGCUUCACUGCUCAGAACAUGUUGGAGUGCGUAACGACACAGACCACACUGACAGAGUUGAGGCCACUCUUUCACCGCUUUUCUCCCUUGUUAUACUAUAACUCUGCAUUUAGAGAAAACAGUGAGGGUAACAUUCUGUAAAUGAAGCUUGCGGAGGACUGGUUUGGCUGAAAACACUGGCUGGAUAACUCUGUGGGAUACAUUGUUGACUUUGUUAUGGGAAUCCCUGUUUGAAUCCUGCUCAGUGCACAAUGAAUAUCCGUCCCAGAUGUAUAUUACUUUGGAUAAAAGCAUCAUUCUGCUCAUUUAUGCUCUAAGUCUGACACACAUACGGAUAUGGACCAUUCUGUCUGUUCCCUGCGUUCAUCUUAUCCUUUUUUUGUACGUUCUCCUUUUUUUUAAAAUCAGUUUUCUGGUCAUUUUAAUAUGAUUUACUCUAAAAAGUUUGCUGAAAUAACAGCUUUGCCCAUCAAGAGAAGAAUAAUACCUUCAAAAUACACGUUUCCUUAAAUGCAUGUUGGUACAACUGUUUUCUAUGGUGUCCAGGUAGAGAGGAAAUCUAAAGGCUGAUUGGCUUUGCAGCACAAAAUCAGAGCAGGUUUGUGGCUCCAGUUUAAUCGUUUAUCUUUUAUGGAUUGUUUGCUGCAGUCUUAUGCCUCCUAUAGACUGUACGUUUUUAGUAAUCUUACAUGUUUCUCGUAUGCUAGACUGCGCAGCUUGAAUCUCAUACAACAGGGGUGUCAAAGUAAAUCACAGCAGGGGCCGGAUUCUGAAUUUAGGUCUGACCUGAGAGCCUAACGUGGUCAACAUUUAACCAUAAACUGUCAACCUCAUUUACAACUGUUAUAAAUUUAGGGGAAACAAUUUUGCACUGAUGAUAAAUGAUUUUGAGAUCUAAAAAAAUCUAAAUGAUAAUUAGUUAAAAUAAUUAGUUAAAAAGGUUAAAAUAUGACUUAAAAUUUAAAAUUGUGCACUGAAAAGGUCAAAACAUGAGAUAAAAAGUCAAAAUCAUAGAAUCAGGCUGUUGAAAAUAUGAAAUGAAAACACAAAUUAAUUUCUUUUCCACAUCCUGAUUCUUUAUGUAAUCAUUUUUAAGUCUUUACUUUUUCCUUUUUAAUGACUUAACAAGGAUAUUUUAAAUCAUCAAGGUUAAAUUUACAUUUUUAUUCUGUAGGAAAGCUGCAGACCUCGUACUGGUGGGCAGGUUGUAAUAAAAAUAUGAUAUGAUCUUGCGGGUGGGGUUUAGCUGUACCAUGUGCUGGAUUUUGGCCCCCAGGUUUGAUGUUUGACACCCCUGUCAUACAACAUCAACUCUGAUGUGUGCAGACUGAACGAUGACAACUCCCAGUUAACGCUGCUGAAUCGCAGGCUAAGACCUACGCCGAUAUGCAAGAAAUAAACCGCGUCAGUGUACGCUGCCAGUGCCAUUAUAAAUGAUGGAGCAAAGCAACAACAAAGCCAUUGUAAAUGUGGCAUUUAUAUGCUUAGAAAGACAUCUGGGAUUGAGAUUUUCCUCCUUGUUGGAAUCCCAUAAACUUCAGCGUUUUGGCAUUGUCUCUAUUCUAAUGCUAACUUGUUCAGUUGUUAGUGCCAGUGUCACGUUUAUCUUAACGCAGUUCCUCCCUGCAUUCUUAUUGGUUGGUUAUUUGAUGUAGGUUGUAGCAGCAGUCACAUUGUGAGAUGGUCAACAUAAAUUUCUGAUGUUGUCAGAAAUUUGAUCCCAGGCUAUCUUUGGUCAUGUUACCAUCACAACGGCCGUCCGUCAACCUGUCUCACAGUGUGAUGCUGCACCACAGUUUUAGAGCCAUGACAAAAUAUAUCACCCUGAUUGGUUACCUUUCGUCUGGGACAGUGCAAAAUUGCAGUGUUAUACCAGGCUUAUUUUGGCAGAUAUCUUCACAGUGAGGAAUAAAUCAUAAGGAUACUGACAAUGGGGGAAAGUAGGUGAUUUUCCAGUAUGCACAAGCUAAUUACAAACAGAAACCAAGAAGACUUGCUAAUAAUCCUGAUCCCUGAAGACAGCUUGAACAUUUUUAGGUUUAAAACAGAUUUAUAACACCCAUAUCAAUCUUUGAACUUGUAUAAUCUUGUACUUUUGUUGAAAUGGAAGCAAAACUAUUUGACUUACCACUAGCAAAUACUCAUCAAUACAAACUUCCAUUUGUCCACAUUGAAAAUAAAAGUGCUACAUGUCAUAAUGUGUAAGGGGAAAAAAGUUAAACUAACAGGGUAGGGAGAUAAAUAUUUAGCAGCUGUAGUGUGGAUGUGUACGCCUGCAUGCUGUUAGGACAACAUACAGCUACAUUUAAAGAUGCACACCUCCAUCAACAACACAGCAUUAUCCUUUCUCUUUUUAUAAAUUAACUAGGAUAGCAUCACAGCUGUAGCUCCUGUCUUUUGUACUGAAAGUUUAUUAGAUUUAUGAAGAGUUUUAUGCCCCUCUGUAAAUAACCCACCUCUGUAAAUCCCCCCAGAUGUGAUAUUUGUUAUUUAUUCAUGUCAAACGCACAUUCUCCUCUGGAGCUCACAAAACACCAAGGCAGAUUUUAUUUAUGGCUCCAGGGGGCUAUUCAAGUCCGUACCUAAGAAAAAUUCAGACCACUCGAGUUGAAACAAGCACAAAUUUCUCUGGAGAUGGAUUUCUUUUCUGAUAUCAAACGGAGUUCAAACUUGCACUGAAGAGCUUAAACUAGCUUCACAGGGAGACGCUAACUCUUCCUUCUCCUAAUGCAUGCUGAUUACAAGGACAGUACCUUGUAAAAUGAAGCAGGGUUGAAUGAAUCGAUCAUAUAGAGGAUUUUAAUCAAUGUGGGUUGAUGGACUGCUGCUUUUUUGUGAAGGAACCGACCAAAUAGACUCAAAAAGUGGAGGCAUUAUUGAACAGAGCAGCCGAGCAGAUUUGGUGAGGUGUUUUCUUGGUGUUGGAUGGAUGUCCAGCUCCCUCGCACCUCUGUAGUCCCAAAGAGGGAGUGAGGAUACUUUAGUGGUAUUAUCGUAGGAGUAGAGUAAAGAUGCAAUAUAAAGCAUCAGGAUUUAGUCCUAGCUCUGGUAUUUAAAGGCUGGGAUUGUUAUUUUUAUCCAGGAGUUCUUUGUAUUUUGUAAUGCCUAAUGUCUACUUUUGUCCAGAUAUGGUAGGUUUGUGGUACAUAAAUAUCCCUCCUAGUUUUUAGAGCAUGUACAUUGUGGUUUGUGAGCCCUACACAGGGAUUUUUAUUCCACUAUGGGAGUCGAGGCACGCCGGGGAAGUCAAAUUUCCUCAAAGACAUCCGUCCCUGCAGAAGUUGUCUGUCAGGGCCCGAUGAUUCUCACACAGAAUCCGUCCAAAUGUCAGCGAUUCCUCCACAGGCGCUCAUUUGAAAUGUCAAGUGCCCCGCUCUUUUUUUCUCACUAAGGGAAUUCAGAUGUUGGAGCAAAGUCUAAUUUUUGCUGGUGUUUUUUUUUUUAUUUAUUGAUCAGAAUUAUAUCAAACUGAAAAAUCUUGUAUUUUGAAUGUACAAAUGAUUAAUGUGCUUUGUGUUCAUAUUUAUUUCUUUAAGAGACACAUGUAGACCGGAAAACAGGGUUAAAUGUGUUUUUGAAUCUUAUGUAAUGCAAUAACGAUGACCUUACAAAUGUGUAAAUAUGCUCUAAUGAUCAAAGAUGAAUUUAUAAGAGUUUAAGAAGAUGUAAAUGAUGUUUCUCUGUGUGAAACAGCUCAUCAUUCCUUAUAAAAAUUAUUUAUGAAUGACUUUACAACAUCCAAACAGGACUGUUACACUGAGCCCGUCAGCAAGGUCACACAGCACAAUCAGUUUAGCUGGGUUCACUCAACAUAGAACCAAAUACUGUAGACGGUGGUCACCAUGUACGACUUCAGUUUACAGACUGACAUUUCAGUGAAGAAAUACUGUUAACCCUCAGUGAGCCAAGACAAAAACAGCUUUAUAUGAGUGACUUUACAUCCCAUCAUUGCUGACGACUUUUUAAAUAUUUCUGUCAAGCAGUUACGAGAUUUAAGAGGCUGUUUAGUACAAAUUUACACAAGUUCAAUCUAAAUACUUGGAGACGUGUAGACUUCAUCAUACAAAAGCUUACUUUCUCAAGAAAAUCUAUCUAUCUAUCUAUCUAUCUAUCUAUCUAUCUAUCUAUCUAUUAGUAAGUAAGUCAGUCAGUCAGUCAGUCAGUCAGUAUGUUUACAUGCAUAGACAAAGUUGAUUUAUUGUGUCCGUCCAGCUCAAACUGGACUUGUAUGUCAACAAGCAGUGAUCUAAUUUGUCUACAUCUGAUUAACACACUUAGAUAAUAGAGUACUGCAGUAAUAAUCCCUAAUAUGCUGAAACCUGUGAGCAUUUUGGCACUUCCUGUUCAAUGGCCUUAAAGCUAGUGAUGUUUAUAAAUGCAUUUUUGAGAUUUUGAGGUUUUUUUUAGCACUUGUUCAUUAGUUAGACCAUUGUCCACUGAAAUAUCCUAAUGAAGAUAUAACCCUUGCUUGACUAAUCUGUGCAUAUAAACGUACUGACUGAGCUCUGCUCUGUUUUUAUUAGAAUUUUCAUGAAUUGCAGUUUCCUGGGAUUUUCCUCUAUUAUGGGGCGUUUUCCACCAAGCAGUCUGGUUAAGUUCUGUAUGGCACGCCGCACAUUUUUUUUGCGUUUCCAUUGGGACCCUUACCAGUCAAAAGUUGGAAAGGGUCCCCUAAAACUGACUUGUACCGUCCCACUGUUUUGGCACUGUUACGUAGGGGUACCAGUCGGUGGGCAACUGUGGGUAGGUAGAGUCUGUCUUACAAUCAGAAGGUUGUGGGUUUGAUCCCCAGCUCCUGGCGUGACAUUGGGCAAGACACUUAACCCCAGUUUGUCCCACUGCUUCGUCGGUAGCGUGUAAAUGGGUAUCAAAGUGUAUGAAUGGGAUUAAUUAAUACUGAUGGCCAAUUCUCCAUAGCAGCUUCUGCCAUCAGUGAAUGGAUGUGGAUUGCUUGGUGAAACCUGGGGUGUAAAAUUGCUUUGAGGAGUCUGAUGACUAGAAAAGUGCUAUACAAGCUCAAGUCCAUUAACCAAUCUUACCUAUCCAUCCCAAAAAGGUGGAGCUACACACACAACAAUAGUGGUUUGCAGUGACGUCACUUUCAGUGCGCAACACGACUGCUCGGCCAGGCAGCAAAACAAAACACAGAACUCUGCUCUUUGAGGUGUGGCUGAAAACGGGAGAUAAACAGACUAAUAUCUGCUAAAUUAGGGAUAUCUGGACUCAACAGAGAUCCAUACUGUUUCCUGGAUCGUGGAUAUUUAUAUGUGGCCACUAAUUGAGUUUCCUGAUGUUUAUAUGGUCACAGCCUGGUCUAUCUGUGAUGGAUGUGAAAGGGAAUUAAUGUUGAAGUUUUGUGAAUAUGAAGCUUUAGAUCAGUUAAUUCUCCAUAUUGUAGCUAGCUAUGCUUUUGCUUCUUACUUUAGGUAACCUGUGAAAACAUAGCUCUGGGGUUGUUGAACAUGUUUGUAAAACUUCUGCAGCCUAUUUUAAAAAGAGAUCAGCGCACCCAGGAUUUCUUACUUA